CGCUGCAGGCGGCGUACACUAGUGAGAGCAGUCAAACUGAAGUAGCAGUGCGUGGGGAAGGCGUUUGCCGGGUCGUGUCUAUUUGUAAAUAUCCCCGUAUUAUAUAUCUAUAUAUAUACUACUAGUACUUACAUAUUCUAAAAAAAAAAUCAAGAAAAUCUUAACAAAGGCUUAUAGUUCAGGUAUAGAGGAAUUGGGAGAAUCCUUAUUGACAGUGUCUGAAUUUCACAUAUUUGUAUAAAUAACUAUAGCGAGCAAAGCCGCCUCUGAUUCUUCACGGUUUCUCCCUGGCAGCACUUCGUCAGUUAGCCGGGUCGUGGGCUGGUAUUUUGCUAGAGAAAAGGAAAGAUCCGUGUUACUGUCAUCUUUAUAAUUUAUUCUUUAAUUUAUUUCACACAGGCUUAGUCGGACUGUUUGAUACAUGUACCAUAUUCGGUUUUUUUUUGUUUACACGGAUGUUUACGGGUAGCUAAUUAGUCGCACAACUUCUCUCGUUGAGUUGUCCGUCUAAAUUAUUAAAAGAAAUCAAUGUGUGGCUUUUGAAAGUAAGCUCACUGCGACCUUCGUUUAGCAAAAGGACGUUCUCCCGGUGCGAUUUCGCCGUGGGGUUGUCGCAUUGCUCGCCCAGGGUCACGGUUCUGUUUCGGGUUCGGCUCCUGUCAAGGGUCGCGGUACCGUUUGUAAAGGCGGCGGCAUUGUGUGCCCGUCCCCAGUUGUUGCGAUGGCCUCGGUGAAGAAGCCGAAGAUGGAAGAGAUCCAAGCAGACCACGAGCUGUUCCUACAGGCCUUCGAAAAACCAACCCAAAUCUACAGAUUCCUUCGCACAAGAAACCUGAUUGCACCUAUAUUCUUGCACAGAAGUCUCACAUAUAUGCCCCUUAGAAACCCCAGACUAAAUGCCAAAAGGAAGAUGUAUAAAGUAGACGAGAUGCUGCUUAAAGUAGAGAAGAUGAAGGGAGAUCAGGAGUCACACAGCUUGUCUUCACACCUACAGCUGACUUUUACAGGAUUCUUCCAUAAAAUCGAAAAGCCAUCUGUAAACUCAGAGAACGAACAAAAUUCAGUGUCUUUAGAGGUUCUACUUGUCAAAGUUUGCCACAAGAAAAGGAAGGAUGUCAGUUGCCCGGUUAAACAAGUGCCUACGGGGAAAAAGCAGGUGCCUUUGAACCCGGACUGCAGUCAAGCCAAACCUGCCGCCUUCCCCUCUCUCCUGGUUUCCAGCAACGAGUUUGAGCCUAACAACAGUCACAUGGUCAAGUCCUACUCCUUGCUCUUCAGGGUUUCCCGGCCGGGUCGAAGGCAUCUCAGUGGAGAACCCAAUGGGAAUAUUGAUGUUCUAGGAGAACUUCCAAACAGAAAAACGAGAAAUGCUCUCAGGGGUGAUGGAGAGACCACCUUCAUUGCACAGAUGACAGUCUUUGACAAGAACAGACGCUUACAGCUACUAGAUGGCGAGUAUGAGGUCUCUAUGCAGGAAGUGGAAGAAUGUCCGGUCAACAAGAAAAGGGCUACUUGGGAGACCAUUCUGGACGGGAAGCGGCUCCCUCCGUUUGAAACCCUCUCUCAGGGACCCACGCUGCAGUUUACCCUGCGCUGGACUGGGGACGUCGGCAGCAAGUCGACCGCGCCGGUGGCCAAGCCCCUGACCACCCGUAACUCGGAUGCCGGUGCUACGGAGAGCAGGCCCAGUGGGCCAAGGCCGGCCCCGCUUGCAGUUAAAGAUUCAAUCAGCACAAAUAUCCAGACAAGAAAGGAACAGAUACUGGUUGAACCCCGGCAGAAGCUGCGUGUGUUUUAUCAGUUCCUGUACAACAACAACAGCAGGCAGCAGACAGAGGCCCGGGACGACCUGCACUGCCCCUGGUGCACGCUGAACUGUCGCAGGCUCUACAGCCUCCUCAAGCACCUUAAGCUGUCCCACAGCCGCUUCAUCUUCAGCUACGUGCCUCACCCUAAAGGAGCCCGGAUAGACGUGUCAGUCAACGAGUGCUACGACGGCUCCUACGUGGGGAACCCCCAGGAUAUCCACAGCCAGCCGGGGUUUGCCUUCAGCCGCAACGGCCCCGUGAAGAGGACCGCUGUGACACACGUGCUGGUGUGCAGGCCCAAGCGCUCGAAGCCCAGCCUGUCCGAGUUCCUGGACUCCGAGGAGGGCGAAGUGGAGCAGCAGCGCACCUACAUCAGCGGCCACAACCGGCUCUACUUCCACAGCGACAGCUGCAUGCCACUGCGGCCCCAGGAGAUGGAGGUGGACAGCGAGGACGAGCGGGACCCCGACUGGCUCAGGGAGAAGACGGUGACGCAAAUCGAAGAAUUUAUGGAUGUUAACGAAGGCGAGAAGGAAGUGAUGAAACUCUGGAAUCUGCACGUUAUGAAGCAUGGAUUCAUAGCGGACAAUCAGAUGAAUCAGGCCUGCUUGUUGUUCGUGGAGAAAUGCGGAGCCCAGAUCGCUCACAGGAACCUGUGCCGCAACUUUCUGCUGCACAUGGUGAGCAUGCACGACUUCAAUCUGGUCAGCAUCGGCACCAUCGACAAGGCCAUGGCCCGGCUGAAGGAAAUCCAGGGGGCGCCGCGAGUGGAAGACAACAGCAUCGACGGCCACACUGAAGCUCAGAAGCACAGCAAGUGCCAGAAUCUCUUGAGAUCAGCCCCCUCAGACUGAUUUUGCAGGGCUGGGUAAUGUUGGGUUGGGGGGGGAUUGAGUUGAAAGAAGACUUAAGAUCAGUUAUCUGUAAUCCUGCUGUAAUUCUGGCCUGCUGUAUUGCGUCAGAGAAUCCAGUUUUGUUUAGCUUUUUGCAGAUCGUAUCUGGGUUCCCCAUGACUGCAUUAGCUUGCAUCUUUGCAAUCCCAAUCCACAUUCCUGUAAGAACAUCAUAUGUCAGGUCAGCAUCACAAGAAUGUAUUAAAAAUGGGGGGAAAACUCAGUAUGAGUUUAUUUUCAUUUUAAUUUAACAACCCUAUGUAUAAAAGUGAUCAUGUUUAGCACUUGCCUUAUUCUAGGUGUCUUUUUUUGGGCGGGGGGGGGGUUACAACUAUAUUAAAUCAGAAUAGAAUUAUCUGAUGCAAAAUCUUAAAAAAAAAAAAAAAAAAGGUAGAUUUAUGCUGGUCACAGUGGGUAUAUGACCUAGCUGGAGGACAGUUAGAAGCAGCUUUCUGUAGCCUUUGCUCUCCUGUGGAAAGGAUGGUGGGACUGGACUGUGGACUGGAACACCUGACUUGACUAUAAUGAAUACGGACAAACUAAUUCAUCACUGGAUGCACCAGAAGGAACUCAUUACUUUUCCACUGUUGAGUGGAACAGUGCGUUUUUACUUAUGCAAAAUGUUUACAGGUUUUUUUUUCCCCCCAGAAUAACUUUUCUCCAUGGAAACCUGCAGUUCUUCGGUCUCUCAUUAGUAAGGGUUCCAACGCCUCUGCGUUCCACCCUGCAAGCAGCAUUCGGCCAGCAUGCCGGACGCCCUUUGGUUUGCUGCACUCCUGUGUUUCACAGUGAUCAGCUUCUCCGGCUGCAUGCAGGCACCUCGUUACAAUUUCCUGCCAAAAAAAACAGCGUGUGUGUUUGUGUGUGCGUGUGCGUGUGUGUAUUUAUAUAUGUCACACAUCAGGAAACUAUUUACCUCCUACUGAACCCCAAUAUCACUAAUUGUAAAAAAAAUGUUCUACUUUUUUAGGAUGCAGAUAUUAUGAUAGGUUUGUUUUUUUUAAUGGAAAGUGUGAGGGGUGGGUGUGCGGUUUGAUCGGAGUUCUACAGACCAAAGGGUUGAGUUGCAGCUGCUUGUUUCCCCUUUUUAAUUAUGCCCAACUGUCACUUUAAUCUGCGCGUGUUGGUUGUUCCUGUGGGAGACUCUUACUCUAGGUUCUUACUUGCCCAGCAGGCGGAUGGAUUAUGCUGUCACUGCUGCAGAAGCACUGUUUGCACAUUUCCGUUCCUUGCGUGGGGCCGCGAGAGUGAACCAAUGUUAAACCGUGUUCAAGUUGUGAAUUUUGUAAUAAAGGAGUUACAGAAAAUGUUUUUAUCAAAUAAAAGGAUUUUUUUACCA